AUGUUCCAUGCAGCUCCGAAGACUUCCACUGUGAAGGGUCAUUUGUUCCUCAAGACCUAUAACGAGGAACAUACAUGCUAUGCUGGUUAUAGUGACGGAACAAAGGCUGAUCCGGUUACGCGCGAACUUUUCAAGAGCUUGAUAUUUGACCAGAUCGAACAGAAUCCCAACAAAAAAGUCAGGGAUAUUGUUAGAGAAUUCAAAAGUGAUUAUGGGUUAGAAUUAAGCUACGAUCAGGCGCAUGCCGGGAAAGAAUUAUGUUUGAAGGAAUUGUAUGGCGAGGACACUAAAUCAUACACCGACCUGGUCUGGUGGUGUGAAGACGUGAAGAAACACGAUCCAGGAAUAUUUCCUCUGGCGUACGGUAUCGUAUCAGGUGAAACUAUUGAGAAUUGGCAUUGGUUUUUGGAGAAACUAAAAACUAUCUUGGGUCCUCGUCAUUUGAAGAAUAAUGUCCGCGGUAAGACCAACAAGAAAAAGGGAGAGCAUGGUGCUGCGAUGGAUUUAUUCAAACAAUGUUUCUAUUCAUCAACGCAUGAAGGUUUUCAUCAAGGUAUGCAAAAGUUGAAGGAUAUGGGAUGUGAUGGUCGUCAAAAAUUCUUGAGUGACCUUCCAGUGGAAUGUUGGUCCAAUGCAUAUUGUAUGGGCUGUCGUUAUGGCGACAUGUGUUCAAACAUUGCAGAGUCGUUCAACUCUUGGAUUAAGGAAGCAAAAGGUAUGCCUAUUGCAACACUUUUCAACUGGAUUAGACUUAAAAUUAUGGAUCAGAUGAGUAAAACUAAGUUGAAGGGGGCGACGUAUAAAGGAUUCAUUUGUCCCAGGCUAGAGAAAAAAGUGAUGGCUUCCAUUCGUGCUGGUUUCCAGUGGAGAAUAACCAAGUCUGGUGACAUGAAGUGGGAAGUUUUUGAUGGAAAGCACACGCAUGUUGUUAAUAUUGCAAAGUUUCAAUGCAGCUGCAGGGUUUGGUUUACUGAGCAGUUCCCUUGUGAUCAGGCUAUUGCGUGUAUGCAUUCAAAUAAGAUCAAUGUUUACCAGUACAUUAAUCCGUAUUUCAGCAUUGCUAGCUUUCGUUCUUCGUAUGAUCCUAUCAAGCCCAUUCCCGAUUACGACAAGCCUAUUGAUGUUGCUACAGGAGAUCUCGUGAACCCACCAACUGUCCUAGGAAAAAAACCUGGUAGGCCGAAGAAGAAGCGGAUUCCUAACACUGGUAGCGCAAGUUUCAAGAGACCAAUUACGUGCGGUAACUGCCAUACUCAGGCACAUCAUAACAAGACAACGUGUCCACAUCCUCCUGCGAAAAAGCAAUUUUAA